AUGGCGCCAAUCGCGGCAGCCACGUCAGCUCGUUCGCCCGCUCUUCGCGGGGAUACUCCCGCCUCCGCGCCUGCCGCUUCUCCCCGUGCUGGUGUUUCGGAGAGUGCUACUAACGGUCGUGAUUAUAGCGAGUAUGGAGCAGAGGGAAUGUGGGGAGCAGAGGCGGAAGAUAAGGGCUUGAAUGAGGGUGACGAGUUGAAAAAGGGGUUUGGAAAAUCGGAGAAUGUAGAGGUAGAGGCUACACUGGAGGAAUUGGAGCAGUCUUUAGCGGAUCUCGAGGAGACUAUUGACGAGGAUAAGACGAAGAGCAUAGGUCGCCUGGAUGCAGCAGAAGCUGAGCUGGCGCAGCGCGAAAGCUUGGGGAUAGGCUCGGACGGGCACCUGCUGCACGUGUGGCAGCUGAGUUGGCUCAAGGCGGGGUGGGUCCCCGUGGUGCUGCGAGGGGAGGAGAGCAUAAAAGAACACGGAGAAUAUAACGAGAUGCUGACACGCGCAGUGGAGGGGGCGGGGGGCGUGGCAAUGAAGCCCAUCGUGACUCGCUGGCUAGCCGUGGCAGCAGCAGGCGGGGGACUGUUUGCUCACUACGAUGUCAUCAACUUCGGGGUACCCCCCCCUGCCAACUGCCUUAUUGGACCGCUGUCCACUUAUGGGGAUCUGUUCCCCUUCAUGCUCUCCGGCCAGCCAGACGACUUUGCGCGCCUAGCCCAGGCGCGCCUACCACUGCCAAUGCAGGCAGCCCAUCCUGCCCCCAGUAUCACGGGGGUGGUGUCGCCUCGCUUCCGUUUCCCCGCUGUCAGGGGCAUUGUGCGCUGCUCCCCUGCUGCUCUGCCGCUCUUCCUUCAGCCUCCCAUCCUCCAGAACCUCUAUCCCGGCAUGCCCGUGCCAGCAGGCAUUUCUAACUUGGAAUUUCUCCACGCUCUCACACACCACCUGCAGUCUCUUCCUGUGAAUCAAGAAGAUUCCACCACCGAUAACCGCCUCUCCCGGGCCGUAUCCCGGGUCCUAAACAUCCCCCUUACAGCAGCUCCGUUAGCAGUAGAAACACAGAAGCAGACAGUUGCUGUCGCACGAUACGACAUGGCGGGGGAUGUGGUAACCGUGUUACAAGCAGCGCUGGGGUUCAGGAUAGGCAGGGGGGAGGGAGAGGCGUUAGAGAAUGCUGUGAGGGCGGGUUGGGAGGCGACAAGGCCGUUUGCGUCGCAUGUGCAUGGGGAGGUGUUGGAUACGAUUCUGGGGCGCAACCUGGUGGAUGUGCGAUUGCUGCAGGCUGCUGGAGUGAGGGUGGACGAAGCAUUGGCUCGUGCCAAGGUGCUUGAUGGAUAG